AUGCUCCCGGAGCUCGUUUCGCGCCAUCGCAGCGUGGUCGAGAACAAGAAAACGGACGCUGUAUCCGUCAGUCGAAAAUGGCAGUCAUGGGAAGAAAUUGAGGACGAGUUCAACUGCCGCCACAGCGUGACGCCGCGGGCGUGGGGCCAACUUAUAAAGUGUUGGGAAAACCUCAAAGACAAGUUGCGCAGGUGUAACGCACAAGACGUGCGGGAGCGGUUUUCUACAGAACAGCAGCGAAAAUAUCUCACGUUCGCGCAGCACCCAAACCUGGAUGUAGUCAAGACGCGGCUGAUGAGCCCGACUACUGGUCAUGGGAUAAUGCUGGAAGGCCGCCAGCAGAACCUGAAACGAAUGCUGCCCCAUUACCGACCUCCACAGACAGCCGAGAGCUCGUUCACGGUACAACAAGCCCAGAUGCUGUUGUGA